AUGGACAAAACAGGCGGCUUCCAGGAAGCCCGCUACCUGGAUUUUGUGCACUCUUCGGAGCUCACCGGCGUCGAUGGCAAACCCAUGCUAAAUCGCUACUCCACCCAUCUGACCCGCCAGCACGAUUUCCCAGGGGCACAGGCUAUGCUCUUCGCCGCGGGUGUGCCAGAUAGGCACGCAAUGCAGACUGCUCCUCAUGUGGGCAUCGCAAGUGUUUGGUGGGAAGGAAAUCCCUGCAACAUGCACCUUCUUGACCUGGGCAAGGAGGUCAAGAAAGCUGUCAAUGCGCGCGGAAUGCUGGGAUGGCAGUACAACACCAUUGGCGUAAGUGAUGCCAUCACCAUGGGAAACCAGGGUAUGCGAUUCAGCCUGCAAACGCGGGAGAUCAUUGCGGACUCCGUCGAGACAGUGACAUGCGCUCAAGCCCAUGAUGCCAACAUCACUAUCCCUGGGUGUGACAAGAACAUGCCAGGUUGCAUCAUGGGGAUGGCAAGGCAUAACAGACCGAGUCUGAUGAUCUAUGGAGGGACGAUUGAUAAGGGGUACUCCGAGACUUUGCGCAGGCCCGUCAACAUUGCCACCUGUUAUGAGGCGUUCGGAGCGUACACGUUUAACACCUUGCGUCAGCCAGACGAUGGGGGAGACACGUCCAAAACCAAAGAUGAGAUCAUGGAGGAUUUAGAAAGACAUGCUUGUCCAGGUGCCGGGGCCUGUGGCGGCAUGUACACUGCCAACACGAUGGCCACGGCAAUCGAGUCAAUGGGGUUGACAUUGCCUGGAUCGAGUUCGACACCAGCGAGCUCACCAGCCAAAAUGCGCGAAUGUGCCAAAGCCGCAGACGCCAUCAAAGUCUGUUUGGAGCAGGACAUCACGCCGAAGAAACUUUUAACCCAUAAAUCCUUCGAGAACGCUCUCGUCAUAACCAUGGCCCUAGGAGGAAGUACCAAUGCCGUCCUACACUUACUCGCCAUGGCCGUCACGGCCGGUGUGGAACUCACUCUCGAUGACUUCCAGCGCGUGAGCAAUAAGAUCCCCUUCCUUGCCGACCUCGCGCCAUCAGGAAAAUAUUCCAUGGCCGAUCUGUAUGAGAUUGGAGGCGUGCCAAGUGUGCAGAAACUCCUCAUCGCGGCCGGUCUUCUCGACGGCUCUAUUCCAACGGUGACGGGCAAGACCUUGGCCGAGAAUGUAGCCAGUUGGCCCAGUUUGCCGAGUGAUCAAGUCAUCAUCAAGAGCCUAGACAGCCCUAUCAAGGAGAGCGGACACAUCCAAAUUUUGAGAGGCAACUUUGCACCUGCAGGGGCGGUGGCAAAGAUUACUGGGAAAGAAGGUCUUCGUUUUACAGGGAAGGCAAGGUGUUUUGAAAAGGAAGUGGAACUGAAUGACGCGUUGAACAGAGGCGCUAUACCGCGUGGGGAGAAUCUUGUGCUGAUAGUAAGAUAUGAAGGACCUAAAGGUGGACCGGGAAUGCCAGAGCAGCUCAAGGCCAGUGCAGCCAUCAUGGGCGCAGGACUCACAAACGUCGCUCUUGUGACGGACGGACGGUACUCUGGCGCCUCGCACGGAUUUAUCGUGGGCCAUGUUUGCCCAGAAGCGGCGGUUGGAGGCCCUAUUGCGUUGGUCAGGGAUGGUGAUGAAGUCACGAUCGAUGCCCAGUCGAACACUAUCUCCAUGAAAGUGAGUGAUGAGGAAUUGGAAAGGCGCCGGAAGGAGUGGAAACCUCCCAGGCCGACGGUAACCAGGGGCACACUGGCCAAAUAUGCGGCAUUGGUUAGUGAUGCCAGUCAUGGGGCUGUCACAGAUCUGUUUUGA